UUUCAUUACUCUUGGUGGCCAAGACUAGCUGGCUACUACUAUAGAUAACACCUGCUUCUAUGUCUUACUCUAAAUAACAUAUAGUUUACUUCACCUCAUCAGAUAGCAUAUCUCUCUCUCUAUCACUUUGGAUCCUUGUGUUUGUGAGAAAAUGACUAUCAAGAUUUAUGGAGUUCCAAUUUCCACAUGCACUGCUCGUGCGACGGCCUGCCUCUAUGAGAAAGGAGUAGAUUUUGAGCUUGUUCCGGUUAAUUUUUUCGGAGGGGAACACAAACAGCCUGCUUUUCUAUCUAAGAAUCCCUUUGGUCAGAUUCCAGCGCUGGAAGAUGGUGAUCUCACUCUUUUUGAAUCUAGAGCAAUUACAGCAUAUGUGGCUGAGAAAUUCAAGGAAACAGGAACUGAUCUCAUUAGGCACAACAACCUCAAAGAAGCUGCUUUGGUUAAGGUGUGGAUACAGGUGGAAUCCCAGAGUUUCGACCCUGCAAUCACUCCCAUUGUCUUGGAAUAUGUUUUAGCGCCUAUAAAAGGCAAAACUGCAGACCAAGCAGUCAUCGAUGCCAACUUGGUGAAGCUAGAAAAAGUGCUUGAUGUGUAUGAGUCUAGGCUGAGUAGCACCAAGUACUUGGCUGGUGAUUUCUAUAGCCUGGCUGACUUGCACCACUAUCCUUACACUCACUAUUUCAUGACGACACCAUGGGCCUCGUUGGUGAAUGACCGUCCCCAUGUUAAGGCAUGGUGGGAGGACAUUUCUUCUAGGCCUUCUUACAAGAAAAUGGCUGAGGCUAUCACUUCUGGUUAAGAGGAAAUGAGAAUUUUAAGGGUUCUAUUUUUAACAUUUUGGAAGAACUUGAUGAAAUCAUGUGGUGGUUAUCUCAGUGGAAUCUAGUAAAUAAAAAUCUCUCUCUCUCUCUCAUCUGUGGGAUUAUUCGUUUGUACAUAUUCUAUUACCAUUUCAAAAUUGUUUC